CACUGAUCCCGUACAAUGAAGGGGAGUAGAAGGGCCGAAUUUGCAAACAUGAAAGCCUGCGCAUAACUGCGCAAUUACCCACCUCCCGCCACCUAGUGCAUCCCGCACAAGCGGCCGCAUCGACGUCUGUAGAGUUGCGAGCAUUCCUGACGAAAAGCAGCGGCGUUGAACCUGCAGCCGGCCCGUCACCGGAUUGAUGCUCUUCUUUGUUGCGGCGCUGAUAGCGGUACUCCGGGUGUAAACCACAUCCGAAGGUAUGAAUGGUAGAAGAAAAGCAAAGCCUCACAGAGGAGGGGCACAUUUUAACAAAUCUCGAGGUGGAGGUGGCGGGGUUGGGGGAGGCUUCAAGAAGGGCUGGGAUGAUGGAGAGGAUUUUACACCCUUUUGCAGUCGUAGCCCACCAACCAGGUCGACCUUUUAUAGAGGGAGAGGAGGAGGCGGAUGUGGGAGCAGGCCAAGGCUUAGGGCGGUACAGUUUGGCCCUGUGGAAAUCCCAUCCAUGCCAAUGCAGACAAUUCACAUGUCCUCUGCGAACCAAGCUGAAGUUAAAGAACUGCUGCGGGAAUUACAAACACAAAUUCUUGAGUCCCCUAACGAAGUGGAGUCAGGGUCCGAACCCGAACCAGAGGAAUAUGAUGAACUGGAUUACCGAGAAGACGAUCAGUACUGGUUGACCAAUGAUGAGCCCUUAGAACGCCCGGACUACUCCAGAUUUAAGUCUGAUUCUUGGGAAGUCCAAGAAGUUUGCAAGACACCCCCUUCCCCAUUUGCCAUUGGAAAGCUCUGCAGGUACGGCUUUGACAGGGAGCGGAGUAAAUUGGCAUUAGAAGCGUGUAACCGAGAUGUCGGGGCCGCCUUGGAGGUUCUAAUGCAGCAGUGCUACACGGGAAAAUAUGGAACGAGGACUAACGCCGUUUUCUUGUCUGAGGAAAUCACAAUGCAGGACUGCAUGCUGCAGCGGCAAGAGGAAGCUUUUGCCCUCGCUUCGAUAUAUGGAAUCAAAUUUUGUGAGCGUAUCCGCAACAGGGUAUGGACGGUAAACCUCGCCCCCGACUUUCUACCUUCUGCACUUAACAACAACAAAGAAAUGAAAAUGAAGAGAGAAGCCAGUCAGUUUCCUCCUAAGGACGUGUGCAGGUUUUUCAUGAAAGAAGGAGGUUGUCGGUUUGGGGCGAGAUGUCGAUUUAAGCAUCACGUCCCUUCAGAUGUGACACUAAAUGUAUUAAGAAAUCCCAUCAAUUCAAGUCAGGUGUAUGGUGACGCCUUUUCUCCUCCGCUUUAUGAACUGGAGAUCCGCUUCCCUGAGGGGAACAGAUACCCUUAUCAAGCUCCUGUGGUGGCCUUUACAAGCACUGAUGAAAAGGUGCCCUUGCCAGGUCGUUUGCACAUUUCUGAAUAUCUCUUUGGAGAAGCCUUAGUUGCAGCUGAGACUGGAGGACCUGCUGUGUUCACCUUGAUUUCAUGCUUGGAAAAUGAAGCUAAAAUAACGGAACUUCUAAGUAUUGCUCACCACACGUUCAGUGUUCCUCCACCAGUACUCCCAUGCAGCCUUUCCACAAAAACCCGAAGUACCAAGUGCAAUAAUCCUUCCAGUGAAAUCUCCACAAGAAGUGUUAGCCAGCCUCUGGAAGUGAAGCAGGAUUUUGAGUUGGAGGAUGAAGAAGACGCAGAGGAGGAAACUCAAACCGUACCUGUGGAGAAUGAAAGUUAUGUGAACUUCAAGAAAAAACUCACCAAAAAAUUUGAAUGGCGACCUGAAAGUGUGGAGCUGGAAAAUGCUAAGCUGUGCCGACAGUUCAGAAGUAAACAGUCAUCCAGACGCUUUCUCUCGAUGCUGCAAGAAAGACAAAAGCUUCCUGCAUGGCAAGAAAGAGAAGCCAUUUUGGAAAUGUUGAGUAAAAAUCAAGUUCUAGUUGUGAGUGGAAUGACUGGAUGUGGAAAAACCACACAGAUUCCUCAGUUCAUUUUAGACCACUCUCUAAAAGGUCCUCCAAAUGCAGUAACCAAUAUCAUUUGCACUCAGCCCAGAAGAAUCUCUGCAAUCUCAGUAGCCGAGCGUGUAGCUCAUGAGAGAGCCGAGCGUCUGGGUACUUCAGUGGGUUACCAGAUCAGGCUGGAGAGUGUAAAGUCUCCCUCCACUAGGUUACUGUAUUGUACCACUGGUGUGCUGCUAAGACGAUUAGAGGGCGAUGCGGAGCUUUGUGGCGUCACUCACGUUAUUGUGGAUGAAGUACAUGAACGAACAGAGGAAAGUGACUUCUUGUUAUUGGUCCUGAGAGAUCUGAUUGUUCAGAGGCCUAACCUACGUAUUGUAUUAAUGAGUGCGACGCUGAAUGCGGCCCUUUUCUCCCAGUACUUUGGCUCCUGUCCUAUUGUUAACAUAGCAGGCUGUACAUUUCCAGUUGAUCAGUAUUUCCUGGAGGAUGCCAUUGAAAUAACAAGAUAUGUCUUAGAAGAUGGAAGUCCGUAUAUGAAGUCUGCACGGCAGUUAAAUCAGCCAAGUAAAGGGAAGAGCAACUGGAACCCCGUGGAUCAAUUGGAGGAAGACAUGUGGUCAUACAUGCAUUUUCAGAAAGACGACUUUGUCAAAGAUUCCCUGCCAGAUCAGUUGUUAACAUUUCAACAAAUGACGAUACGAUAUAAAGCUACCAGCAGAGCAGUCCUGAAAACAAUGGCAACCAUGGAUUUGGAAAAGAUCAACAUGGACCUUUUGGAGUCUUUGCUGGAGUGGAUAGUGGACGGAAAGCAUAAUUACCCCCCUGGUGCUGUCCUUGUGUUUAUGCCUGGGCUUGCAGAAAUUAAAAUGUUAUACGAGCAGUUGCAGUCAAAUCGGCUAUUUAACAAUCGGCACAACAAAAGGUGUGUAAUUUACCCACUGCACUCCUCGCUAACCAGUGAAGAACAGCAGGCCGUGUUUAAGCGACCACCUGAAGGAGUGACAAAGAUUGUAAUCUCCACUAACAUUGCGGAGACAUCCAUCACUAUUGAUGAUGUGGUGUUUGUCAUUGAUUCUGGGAAGAUGAAGGAGAAAAGAUAUGAUGCCAGCAGGAGUAUGGAGAGUCUGGAGGACGCCUGGGUAUCGCGAGCGAAUGCAUUGCAGAGGAAGGGCAGGGCAGGGCGUGUGGCUUCAGGAGUCUGCUUUCACCUCUUCACCAGCCACUGCUUCCAUCACCAGCUUGCAGAGCAGCAGCUCCCGGAGAUCCAAAGGGUACCACUAGAACAGUUGUGCCUCAGGAUAAAGAUUUUAGACAUGUUUGCAGAGCGGCCGCUAGAGUCUGUGUUCUCCCAGCUGAUUGAGGCCCCUCCUUCGAGCAGCGUAGAAGCAGCAAAGCAGCGGCUGCAGGACCUCGGCGCCUUAACGUCUGAUGAGAAGCUGACGCCUCUCGGUUAUCAUUUGGCCUCCCUUCCAGUGGAUGUCCGGAUUGGAAAGCUUAUGCUCUUUGGUGCCAUCUUUCGCUGCUUGGACCCAGCAUUGACCAUUGCUGCCAGCUUGGCUUUUAAGUCACCAUUUGUAUCACCCUGGGAUAAACGUGAGAUGGCCAAUUUUAAGAAGUUGGAAUUUGCGAUUGCCAAUAGUGAUCAUCUGGCUCUUUUGCAGGCUUACAAAGGAUGGCAGUCCGCUGCAAAAUAUGGUCCACAUGCAGGUUUUCGGUAUUGCAGGGAGAAUUUUCUGUCUGGGAAGGUCCUGCAGGAAAUUGCAAGUCUGAAACGGCAGUUCACAGAGCUACUGUCUGACAUUGGGUUUGUGAAGGAAGGACUGAAAGCGAGAGUCAUUGAAAGACAGUGCUCGAAAGGAGGAGAUGGGGUCCUGCAGGCCACAGGGGAUGAGGCUAAUUCGAAUGCAGACAAUAUUAAGCUGGUGUCUGCAAUGCUGUGUGCUGCUCUUUUUCCCAAUGUGGUUCAGGUGACAACUUCUCAAGGGAAACAGCAGCAGACACGCACAGGUGCAGUGAAAAUGCAGCCCAAGCCAGACGAACUAAGAUUUGUGACAAAGAAUGAUGGUGUUGUUCACAUUCACCCUUCGUCGGUUAAUUAUCAGGUCCGGUAUUAUGAGAGCCCUUUCCUGGUGUACCAUGAGAAGGUGAAGACAAGCAGGGUGUUUAUCCGUGACUGCAGCAUGGUAUCUGUUUACCCCCUGGUCCUGUUUGGAGGAGGUCAAGUGAAGGUGGACUUAGAGAAUGGAGAGUUUGUGAUCUCUCUGGAUGAUGGUUGGACCCGCUUUGCUGCUGAAUCCCACCAGGUUGCAGAGCUAGUUAAGGAAUUACGCUGGGAACUGGAUCAGCUACUAGAAGAUAAAAUCAAGAACCCCAGCAUGGACCUGUGCAACUGCCCCCGAGGAUCCCGCAUCAUCGAUGUGAUAGUUAAGUUAGUCACAACGCAGUAAGAAGGCAUUGUUGGCCUUUUAGUUCAGUGCUUCAUUGUUAAGGUUGCCGAAGUUGUUUUUCACUUUCUGAGGAGUACCCAAGCGUUCUCGACUGGAACAAAGACCCUCGGAGUAGAGGACGUUUAUCAUGGGACGCCAUUUGGACUGCUGACCCAUGUGCACAAACAUAAUUCUGUUUUUGACCAGCUAUGAUCCGUCUUGCUUCCUCUUAUUUAUUUAGUUCCGUAUGCGGACAUGUCUCCUUUGGUGGUCCGCUUUUGUUACGAGUUUCACUUUUAUUACAUUAGGAAUGCUAGUUGCUUUGCAGUAAUAUUUGUAUCGCAUUCUACAUCCAUGACAUAGCAGAAGUCACACAGUGAAAUCAUGCUCUGAAAACCAAGAUCUGCAGCCUUGUGCUUUUCCUCCAGGCCUGGCAGCGUGCUGCUGCUGCUGCAACGGAAACCCCUCACCACUCAUCUGAGGAGUCCAAAUUGCAAACGUAUGUUUGUGUUACUGCCAAAGACUCUGUUACAAAACUCGCCACCUUGCCCACCACGUAACCCACCUGUUGUCGUCGAAAACCUAGAGUGUUCUGGAAAGAUGUGAGAGCUCCUGUAAUGAAAUUGGAAAAUAAAAAUGCUGGAGAUGAA